AUGUCAGAAUUUGUAGGGCCCAACAACAUGAAUAAUCUGUAUUGGAUGAAGGAUAAGAUUGGUUUUUUAGUGCAAAGGAAGAACUUAGGGGGUAAGGAAGCUCCGCAUACAAUAAGUGUUGGAGUAAAGUAUCAAUGGAAGCCAAGGGCUUGCCAUCACUGCCAAAUAUUUGGUCACUUUGACUCCCCAUGUCCCUCAUUUGCAACUCAGAUUAAUACUCCAACUACUGCUAAUCUAGAUGCAUCAAUUUCUAAUAAGCAUCUGGAGUCAUUUCCAACAGUGGUUGAUAAAGGAAAAGCUAUUAUGGUUGAUUCUCCAUCUCAAACCCAUAUGGGUGUUGAUGUCAAUGGUACCACUGGUCUUCAACCAGCAGCUCUACAGCAUGAAUCUUAG